AUGCUUCUAUGUAUUCUUGUCACUUUUGGACAUGGAUUUUGUCUAUUGUUUGAUAAACUACUGAAAUAUAAAACUUCACAAUUAAAAUUUAUUGGAAGUUUACAAAAUUGUGAUGAGAGAAAGGAGAAUAGUAAUAACCAUGAUUUAAAUAAUGAAUCAAGAAAUCAGGUGUCUAGUUCCUCUUUAAAUCGAAUGAAUCAAAAUCUAUCUGUGAGAAAUAUGUCAAAACUAGAUCAACAUAUAAGUUCCUCAAAUGUGAAAACUUGUGUUCAUUUUAAUGAAAUAAAACCAAAAUACAAAUGCGUAAUAGGUGAUCACGUCAAAAUGCCACUAAAUGAGGCUGACCAAAAUCAUCAUGAUAUUAUUAAUUUAACCCGAAUAAACAAGGAUCAAUGUUUAUGGAUUCACAAUGAAGUUAAAUCGAAAAAACUUUUACAUCUCCAGCCGAUGCCAACUUUAUUCAUUAAAAAACCAAAUUAUUCAAAUGAAUUGGACGAAAUACCUGAAAAUGACAACCUUUAUUUAAAUGAUAAUUCCUACUUAUCAAAUGAGACUAAAGCUUCAAUGAAAUCCUCGUCAUUUAGACAAAAAGUUAAUGUUAAUGAUGAUAAUUGUGGAGGAUAUGAUAAUGAUGAUGAUGAUGCUAAUGGUGACGAUAAUGAUAAUAAUGAAGAUAAAUUAUUAUCACCUUCCACAAACAAUCCAUCUUUAUCACAAACCAGUUCAAAAUAUCAACAGAAUACGGAACAUACUAACGCUUUAUCAACAUUUGCCAUGACAUCUUAUUUAAACACACAUCAUAAUCACAAAAUAUGUACUAAACAUAUGCUUCGAGCUCACAAAAGAAAUUCAUCUUUUUUUAAACGAUUAUAUAAAUGUGGUUAGAUUAUUAGACAUCCAACAAGACAAUGUGACACAAAUAAAUCUAUAGUGAAACCAAGUAUAGAUUUACCUUUAAUUUGUAAAUAUAAUUCAUCUUAUUUGUCAUUUGUUCAUCAGCUACAACAAAUUCCAG